ACAAAAUGGAGUCGUGGUCAGAUUUGCCAAAAGAAGGGCGGGGGAGGGCGUUGUAUGCGUCGCGGAAGUUAGAGUAGCAAUGAGUCGCGCAUUCAAUGCUAAUAAAAUGUAGGGAGCCUUGUUUUCAGCUCAGCUUUGUGAAAAUCCCCAGCUACAAUACAAUAAAUGCAGCCUCAGGGUGUGUGGUUUCCAGUUUACAUAGAGUCCAGUGAAGUUAUUUCAGGGCCGUCGAGGUGCCUGCUUGGGGAGAGGAUAUACACGGCUGUGAUUAUAAUCGAAGAGAAUUCUCUUGGUAGAUAAUGCGGUCGGCAUUUAAUUGUAAGGAAUUCUAGGUCAGGUGAAACAAAAAGACUUAAGUUCCUGUAUGUUGUUAUGAUUACACCACGACUUGUUAAUCACAAGGCAUACCUCCCCGCCCUUCUUCUUACCAGAGAGAUGCUUGUUUCUGUCGGGCGCGAUGCCUGAAGAAACCGGAUGGCUGUACCGACUCUGACAACAUAUCCCGAUAGAGCCAUGUUUCCGUGAAACAGAGAAUGUUACAGUCUCUGAUGUCUCUCUGGAAGGCAACCCUUGCUCAAAUUUCAUCUACCUUGUUGUCAAGAGACUGGACGUUGGCGAGUAAUAAAUUCGGGAGCGGUUCGCGAUGUGCCCGUCUACGGAGCCUGACCAGAAGACCGCUCCGUCUGCUCCUUCUGCGGCGCCGUUGUUUUGGGUCACCGGCUGGGAUCCGAUCCAUUGUCCUGGGUGGUGGACCAAACAGAGGAUCCGCUUCGGGAAAGUCGUAUUCCUGGUCGUAAUGUUGUCCCAACUAAACGUCAUGCAGCUGAGUUGUCUCCAUGCAGCAGCCGUCGACACUAUGGCGCCUACGCCCGUCCACAUGAAACCCCUGGAGGAGAAGGGGUCAGAGGUAAGGAACCACCCCCGAGCUCGCCGUGCGUCCUCCGACGGGAACAACAGGGUCAAAUCAGCCCUCCCAGAGAAGCGCAUCACCACCAUCCCAGAGCUGGCCGAGUCUUUCAAUAGGAGACUUAGGCUCCACAACACCAAGGUCAUGUCCACGAGGGAAGCGGACAGCCAUGAAGCCAUGUGUAACGGAGGAGGAGGAGUCCAAGAGUUGCAAUGCUCACACCGCUUCCACAAAGAGGUGGCCAGCAGACCGGAUGCGGGGCGUCCCCGGAGCGGGAGCACAGCCGGAGUCUGUGAUAGGAGGAAGUCUGUGACUGGAGGAGAGGAGAGGCGGAGCUCAGGCGAGGGGCAGUUCAGCAAGGUGCAGGAGGACUACUGUAUCCCCCGACGCCAGCUCUCCCUCAGGAGACAACGCUGAGAAGGGACAAAAAAACAGUCCCAAAUUCCCAUGUUUUCCAGAAAUCGUGGUUGAAGGAUUAGGGAUUUCCUUCUGUUGUUCUCCGGAUUCCGGGGAUCCUCUAACCAGGAUUUCUGGUUAGAUAAAGUUAAAGAUAAAGAUUUCUAGUUAGAUAAAGUUUUGAUAAAGUUACCUUCAUUUUGGAAACACUAAUGCUGAGACAACGCUGAAAUAACUAACACAGCAACGUCUAACAUGCUGACCACACUGCUCGUGCACAUGUUGAUGUUGUCCCAACCACACCAGACGUGAUCAAGACACACAGCAUGAAAUAUCAAAACGAACUCUAACUAUAUUAACUACAUUAAUUUGGGGACCGGUCGAAACACAUGACACAUUCAUGGACAUUUAGCUAGCUAGAUUGUCCUGGGAUGUAAACAUUGGGUUGUUAUUUUACCUGAAAUGCACAAGGUCUUCUACUCUGACAAUUAAUCCACAGAUAAAAGGGUAAACCGAGUUUGUUUCCAGUAAUCUCUCCUCAUCCAGGCUUCUUCUUCUGUGGACUUUAUAUGGCGGUUGGCAACCAACUUUAAGGUGCAUUACCACCACCAACUGGAGUGUGGACCUCAGUUCAUCUUUCAAUCACCCACAUGGGUAUAUGCUCCUAAAAACCAAUGAGGAGAUGGGAGAGGCGGGACUUGCAGCGCAUCAAGUGUCACAAAUAGAACUAAGUUCUAUUUUAGCGCCUGGCUAUGCAGACGCUUGCUGACGCACGCUAGCAAUGUGGGUGCAUUGAUUGAAUAAGAUGUAUGUGUACAUUUAUUUUGCAAUGCUUGCGCAAACGACGCGGUGGUGUGGUCAGCAUGUAAGCCAAACACACAUUCAACUCUCCUUGGACCAAACGGCAGGCUCCUGUCUGUCGUUUCCCACCCAACAGACAGUGAACCAGAGGAACUCACUUUCCAAAAGUAUGGGCCCGUAUUUACACAGUGUCUCAGAUUAGGAGUGUACUCAGAUCCCCUCGGUCUAUAUAACCUGGUCUGAUCUCAGUCUUAGACUUCAUCUUUUCAAAAUGGUUGAUGUGUCCCUUUCAACAUAACUCUCUUCACUAGACUUACAAUGGAUCCCUAAAGUUUAAAAAGAAGAUACAGGACUGAUACAGGACUGAUACAACAGGACUGAUACAAUAGGACUGAUACAGGACUGAUACAACAGGACUGAUACAGGACUGAUACAAUAGGACUGAUACAACAGGACUGAUACAGGACUGAUACAGGACUGAUACAGGACUGAUACAAUAGGACUGAUACAAUAGGACUGAUACAGGACUGAUACAAUAGGACUGAUACAACAGGACUGAUACAGGACUGAUACAACAGGACUGAUACAACAGGACUGAUACAACAGGACUGAUACAACAGGACUGAUACAACAGGACUGAUACAACAGGACUGAUACAACAGGACUGAUACAACAGGACUGAUACAACAGGACUGAUACAGGACUGAUACAACAGGACUGAUACAACAGGACUGAUACAACAGGACUGAUACAGGACUGAUACAGGACUGAUACAACAGGACUGAUACAACAGGACUGAUACAACAGGACUGAUACAACAGGACUGAUACAACAGGACUGAUACAACAGGACUGAUACAACAGGACUGAUACAACAGGACUGAUACAACAGGACUGAUACAACAGGACUGAUACAACAGGACUGAUACAACAGGACUGAUACAGGACUGAUACAGGACUGAUACAGGACUGAUACAACAGGACUGAUACAGGACUGAUACAACAGGACUGAUACAACAGGACUGAUACAACAGGACUGAUACAACAGGACUGAUACAACAGGACUGAUACAACAGGACUGAUACAACAGGACUGAUACAACAGGACUGAUACAACAGGACUGAUACAACAGGACUGAUACAGGACUGAUACAGGACUGAUACAGGACUGAUACAACAGGACUGAUACAGGACUGAUACAACAGGACUGAUACAACAGGACUGAUACAACAGGACUGAUACAACAGGACUGAUACAACAGGACUGAUACAACAGGACUGAUACAACAGGACUGAUACAACAGGACUGAUACAACAGGACUGAUACAACAGGACUGAUACAGGACUGAUACAGGACUGAUACAGGACUGAUACAGGACUGAUACAGGACUGAUACAGGACUGAUACAACAGGACUGAUACAACAGGACUGAUACAACAGGACUGAUACAACAGGACUGAUACAACAGGACUGAUACAACAGGACUGAUACAACAGAGAUGAUACAACAGAGAUGAUACAACAGAGAUGAUACAACAGGACUGAUACAACAGGACUGAUACAACAGGACUGAUACAACAGGACUGAUACAACAGGACUGAUACAACAGGACUGAUACAGGACUGAUACAGGACUGAUACAGGACUGAUACAACAGGACUGAUACAACAGGACUGAUACAACAGGACUGAUACAACAGGACUGAUACAACAGGACUGAUACAACAGGACUGAUACAACAGGACUGAUACAACAGGACUGAUACAACAGGACUGAUACAACAGGACUGAUACAGGACUGAUACAACAGAGAUGAUACAACAGGACUGAUACAACAGGAUCAGUCCUACAAUCAGUCCUAUAUCAGUCCUGUAUCAGUCCUGUUGUAUCAGUCCUGUUGUAUCAGUCCUGUAUCGGUCCUGUAUCAGUCCUGUUGUAUCAGUCCUGUUGUAUCAGUCCUGUAUCAGUCC